UGGCUAGCUGAAGGAGACCUACAAUUUGGCUCAACUUUUGAGCCAAAAAAAAACCCCUCAAAGAUCGGCGGUUUAAACUGAAGAAACCAAUCUGCUGUCUUUCUCCUGUAGAUCUGUCCCCAUACUAAAACCGUGGAUGCGUAUAGCGAAUAUAUUCUCUCCUGAUGAACUGGGCUGUAAUGAUGCAGGAGACAGCAGCUCUGACGGUCUAGGGGGUUUAAGAUGGCAGAUUUUUAUUGAGUUCUCUCGUUAUUUUUUGCCAUGAAUAACAGAAGACCUUGCACCGAUGGCCCCGAUGUACGAAGGUAUGGCCUCGCAAGUGCAAGUAUUUCCGCCACGCACUCUUCAGUCAAGUGCCUUCUUUAGUGUAAAGAAGCUAAAGGUGGAGCCAAGUUCUGACUGGGAUAUGACAGGGUACGGCACUCAUAACAAAGUGUAUAGCCUGAGCAGCAAGAACAUACAAGCCACCCAGGUGGCCAUUAACGCCUCCACCCUUCCCUACGAGCAAGCGCUUAUCUUCCCAGCCAGCACCGGGCACAUUGUGGUAGCCUCAGCCAGCAGCACUUCAGGAGCAGCUGGGCAGCUGCUGGGCAUUACCUGUCACAACCUGAUGCGCCGCAGUACAGUGAGCCUUCUGGACACGUACCAGAAGUGCGGGCUUAAACGCAAGAGUGAGGAGAUCGAGAACAACAGCAGCGUCCAGAUCAUCGAAGAGCAUCCGCCAAUGACCCAGAACACAGUCAGCGGGGCCACUGUUGCCACGGCCACCAGCUCCACAGCAACCUCCAAAAACAGUGGCUCCAACAGCGAGGGGGAUUACCAGCUGGUCCAGCAUGAGGUUGUCUGCUCAAUGACCAACACCUACGAGGUCUUGGAGUUCCUUGGUCGGGGGACCUUUGGGCAGGUCGUAAAAUGCUGGAAGAGGGGCACUAACGAGAUUGUGGCCAUCAAGAUCCUGAAAAACCACCCUUCUUACGCCCGGCAAGGGCAGAUCGAAGUCAGCAUCCUGGCCAGGCUGAGCACUGAAAGCGCGGACGACUACAACUUUGUCCGGGCCUAUGAGUGCUUCCAGCACAAGAACCACACCUGCUUGGUCUUUGAGAUGCUGGAGCAGAACCUGUACGACUUCCUGAAGCAGAACAAGUUCAGCCCCCUACCCCUCAAGUACAUCCGACCCAUCCUGCAGCAGGUGGCCACGGCCCUCAUGAAGCUCAAGAGCCUGGGGCUCAUCCACGCAGACCUCAAGCCUGAGAACAUCAUGCUGGUGGACCCAGCCAGGCAGCCGUACAGGGUGAAGGUGAUAGACUUCGGCUCGGCCAGUCAUGUCUCCAAAGCUGUGUGCUCCACAUACUUGCAGUCCAGAUAUUACAGGGCUCCAGAGAUUAUCCUUGGUUUAGCUUUCUGUGAAGCGAUCGAUAUGUGGUCGUUGGGAUGUGUCAUGGCUGAGCUGUUUUUGGGGUGGCCAUUGUAUCCGGGGGCGUCAGAGUAUGAUCAAAUUCGGUACGUGUCUCAGACGCAGGGUUUGCCAGCGGAGUACUUGUUAAGUGCCGGGACAAAGACAACAAGGUUUUUUAACAGGGAUCCAGGCUCUGCUUAUCCACUGUGGAGGCUCAAGACACCAGAAGACCAUGAGGGUGAGACAGGAAUCAAGUCAAAGGAGGCGAGAAAGUAUAUUUUUAACUGUUUGGACGACAUGGCGCAGGUGAACAUGACAGCAGACUUAGCGGGCAGUGAUAUGUUGGCAGAGAAGGCAGACCGACGGGAGUUUAUUGACCUGUUAAAGAAAAUGUUGACUAUAGAUGCAGACAAGAGAAUAACCCCCAUUGAAACUCUGAACCAUCCUUUUGUCACAAAGACACAUCUCCUUGAUUUCCCUCACAGCACACAUGUCAAGUCUUGCUUCCAGAACAUGGAGAUUUGUAAGCGCAGGGUGAACAUGUAUGACACCGUUAACCAAAGCAAGACCCCUUUCAUUACACACGUGGCCCCCAGCACUUCCACCAACCUGACAAUGACGUUCAACAGCCAGCUCAACACUGUACACAACCAGGCCAACCACCUGGCUCCCACCUCCACCAGUGCCACCCUUUCCCUUGCCAACCCCGAUGUCUCCAUACUAAACUACCGCUCUGCACUCUACCAGCCCUCUGCAGUGUCCAUGGCAGCCGUGGUCCAGAGGAGUAUGCCUCUUCAGACUGGAGCAACGCAGCUCUGUGCCACCAGACCCGACCCCUUCCAGCAGGCUCUCAUUGUGUGUCCGCCCGGGUUUCAAGGACUGCAAGCUUCUCCAUCGAAGCAUGCCAGCUACUCAGUGCGGAUGGAAAAUGCUGUCCCUAUAGUCACUCAGGCCCCAGGAGCUCGGCCUUUACAGAUUCAACCAGGACUACUAACACAGCAGGGCUGGCCUAGCGGGACCCAGCAGAUCCUGCUCCCCCCAGCCUGGCAGCAGUUGACGGGAGUGUCAGCCCACUCCUCGGUGCAGCACGCGGCCGUCAUCCCUGAUACCAUGGCAGGGGCACAACAGCUGGCCGACUGGAGGAAUUCUCAUGCCCAUAACAGCCAUUAUAACCCCAUCAUGCAGCAGCCUGCCUUGUUAGCUGGCCAUGUGACACUCCCAUCCGCCCAGCCUUUGAAUGUGGGUGUCGCCCAUGUGAUGCGGCAACAGCCAACAGCCUCUUCCAAAAAGAACAAACAGCAUCAGAUGUCGUCAAGGAACGUGUCGGCCUACGAAGUGUCGUCCACACAGGCAGCGAGCUCCCCGCAACGCUCGAAGCGUGUGAAAGAGAACACGCCCCCUCGGUGUGCCCUGGUACAGAACAGCUCCUCAACCUGCAGCUGGGGAGAGACGGCAUCCAGCACCACCAGGGAGCAGCACCAGAGACAGACCAUCGUCAUCCCGGACACCCCCAGCCCCGCUGUCAGCGUCAUUACCAUCAGCAGCGACACAGAUGAAGAGGAGGAGGAGCAGAAGCACGCCCCCAGCAGCACAAAACAGAGGAAGAAUGUCAUUAGUUGUGUCACAGUUCACGAUUCCCCAGACUCGGAUUCCUCCAGUAAUAACAGCCCCUAUGCUGUAGAGCACCGCCUGGGCCUUACCAAUGAAAACGGCUAUGACUCAAAGGGAGUGUCGGAUAACCACGACAAUGACAAUCCACGCACCAUAAUCAUACCGCCACUCAAAACACAGGCCAGUGAAGUGUUGGCAGAGUGCGACAGGCUGCUGGUACCAGACACAGUCGCUCAUCACUCAUCAGUAUACAAAUCCAAAAACUCCAGCACAGCGGUCUCUGCCAGCAGUCACUCAUCAGAUAGCUCUUCGGGAGCGUCAGCCUGCAGACAGCAGAGAUCAGGGGCACACUCCUUCCAGCAGCAGCCUCUUAAUCUCAGCCAGGUACGGAAAGACAGGCCUGUCUUAGUCACACGUUUAUUGGCACAGCAGCACUUGGCGGCAGAGAGAAACGGAGGUCACCGCAGGCAGCAGGCUUACAUCACCCCCACUAUAGCACAGGCACCUUACUCUUUCCCACACCACAGCCCCUCGCACACGGGCGUGCACCAUCACCUGGCAGCGGCCGCCCACCUUCCCGGGCAGCCACAUCUCUACACUUACACUGCGCCCACCGCCCUGGGCUCCACAGGGACCGUUGCCCACCUUGUGGCGUCGCAGGGCUCGGCCCGUCACACGGUCCAGCACACGACCUACCCUGCAGGCAUCGUCCACCAGGUUCCAGUCAGUAUGGGUCACCAGCUCCUCCCCUCACCCACCGUUCACCCCAGCCAGUAUCAGGCGCAGUUUGCCCACCAGACGUACAUAAGUGCAUCACCAGCUUCUGCUGUCUACACUGGAUACCCACUGAGUCCCACCAAGGUGAACCAGUACCGUUACCUCUGAAAACACUGGAGCAAGAACAACGCUGCUUUAGACAGAAAACACGCAAGGCGUCAGAAAAACGACCUUUUAAACUUGAAGACAAAAAAAAUAAAGGAAAGACAAAAUCACCCCACAAAUAAGAAGUGGGGAGGAAUUUUUUUUUAAAUUUGCUUUUAAAGAAAUAUUAAAAUAAACAGGCCAGUGCUCAUUCAACUAGUAGCAAUCCUUGAAGGCAAAUCUUUCCAUUUUCAAUGUCCUAUCCUGCACCAAAAGGCCUUUGAGAGAGGUGCCGUUUUAUAUUUAUUUAUUUUUCGUUUAUUUCAAUUUUUUUAAUGACCAGUAAAUGGAAUGGUAAUUUUUCACUCUACAAGUGACCUCAAAUGAGAAGGUUAUGAUCACCUCAUAGUGUAAAAGACGAAAAAUAUCCCUGCUGCUCUUCAAUGUAAAUGGAUGGCCUUGAACUGUCUAACAAUUUCCAAAUGAGAGAUGAGGGAACAAGCUCGCCCUCUUCAAAUCGACACGUGUGUGUGUGUGUGUGUUUAUCUAAUUAUCUAAUUUCUAGAUAAUUUAUAGCUUUUUUUUUUGUUCUGUUAAUUUUAAGGAAGUGUAUUCUUUUUCUGGUUUUAUUCCCUUCAAGGUGGAUAUUUUAGCUGGGUCCCUUUAAAGUGUAGCAGUAUGCUCUCUUUUUAAACCCUUGAUACCAAUAGAUUUUGUUUCUCUUAAUGUGAUUGCACAGAGCGGUUAUGAUAACACGGCAUGUACAAUGUGAUCGUCUAGGUGUGUGUGCGCGCUAAUGCCCCGUGUGUGGUCUAUCCUUAGCACAUCUGUGCAACUGUAACUACUCAUAGUCUUAGCGUUUAACAUUGUUCCCUCGUAGUGCCUUACAGAUUUGCAGGUACAGUUUAAAGUUUACUUCACUGGAAAUUGGCAGAACCGAGGCUGGUUUGGAGGCUACCUAGAUUGCUGAUUUUUCUGUUCUUGUUGUUCUUGUGGUUGAGACCCUCUUUUAACUUCCAGGUGUGAGCUAGGCCUGAAAUAGUCUCAUGUGUUAAUGUGUCCAGUCCUGGUCUCCACAAACUGCUAAAUAAGCACAUUUAGUCUGUUUGAUAUUGUAAACAUUGACUCACUGUUUUUGGUAUUAGCUGCAAACCCUUUUGUGAAAUCUCAACAGAGUUUGGUACUUACUAGGGUAACUUCGGUUCAUAACAAAAAUAAUGUUUGUACUGCUGGGUUGCAAAUGGUACUUUCCUUGCAGCCAUUAUAUACAGUUUUUAUAUACUGUGUUUUUUGUUUUUUUUUCUCCUGUCACUGUGACACACUGUACCACAACAGCUGUUAGUCUUGCCGUGGUAAAACUAUCCAAGGAAAGAGUUUAGAUUAAAUGAAGUGCCAUAUAAGCAUGCAGUUCUGUGAUAUAUGUGUAUGCAUUUUUAUUGUGAGGUGUAGUUCCCAUGAGAAAUGCGAUGAGUCGAGGGGUAUUAUACAGCAGUUAAAGAAAUGUACCCUGCUAUGCAGACCAACGUGCUGAUGCUGUAAUCCAACCCACCGGAUCUGCAAUCUAUUGAACUACUGAAACAGGACUGAUUCUGACAUUCAGAGGCUGGGGAAGGGAAGGGCAACACCCCUUUGACAGCCUGUUACAGUACGCUGUAUAUCCCUUACUGGACAUUAACUCAUCUUGUUCACUCAAGUAUUCAACCGCAGUAAGUGGGGUAUGGUUCCUUUGACUGUGGCAUAACAGGGAGAAUCUUGCUGUAUUUAUUGGCAUGUCAUUGUCUGAAUUAGCCAGCCAAAUCAAUGCAACUCAAUGAAAGAGUGAAUAUUUGUAUGGGAUGUGUGAGAUUUGUGAGGCGUUGACGAGAAAGAUCAAAGAGGAAAUUGGUGGAGUGGGUUACAUCCGUUUUGGAAUUGAGAGGUUGGGUUCGAGUAUGUUGGUGCAAAAAAUGAAUGGUGUCAAAAUGACACAUAACUGUUUGAAUAAAUCUGUUACUGUGACUAAUUGAAAUGAUUCAGGUUUAGUUGGAGGUCCUGCUAAAUAGUCAAACAGAUUUCAACUGAAGAUAUUGUGUGGAAAAUUCACAAAGCUGUGCUUUAGCCUUCAACUGGAAGAAGCUUUUUGGAAUGUUGUUUAAAUUGUAAACAACAUGUUAAAAUGUGUUAUACAGGAUAGAAAUAAAACAGCUUAGAAUGGAUAGCUAGAUGCUAAGUUUGACUUGAUAAUUAGACUAAGGCGUCUUCUGUUUGCUGCUUAAUUUGAAACAUGUAGGGUUAUUUUGGUGUAAUUCUUUAAGCUUUAUUUUAGCCAGUGUUUCAGGUUUUGAUUUGUAAUCUAUUUCUUUAUAUUAUAUGAAUUAGGCACAUACAACAGUUUAGUGAAGAAAGUGAUUUGUGUUUUGAAUCCUUUUUUUAUGUUUCUUAGCUAUAUGUCUGCUAACAUUUUGGAUAGACCCAUAUUAGCUGGUUCAGCACAAAUGAAAUAUAAAUGCUAAAAUAGUUUUCUGGUGAAGGUAUGUUAGCAUUUAGAGGUUGUUGCAAUACUCCUGUACACUGUACUAGCAGUAUGAAUUGAUAAAUUUUUUUUUUUUUUUUGUUUUUUUAAUUUACACGGGGCUGUUUUAAAACCAAGGCCCCAUUUGUGAAGAAAAUUAACACUGAUUUGAGCUGCUGUAAAUUAGGUACAGUGCUUUAUCUUAAAAUCUAUUUUGGGUGCAGCAGAGGCUGGAAGGAAUAACUGAUUGUAUUAAACCCCAACUUGUUUCACGCAACCCUCCCCCUAAAAACAGACAUUUCUACAAAGAUGGAUUCGAUAAUCAGACCAUUUUAUUAGUUUUUACACAUUUUCACAAUAGUCUGCAAUCAUUUUGAAAGUUGGGGGUUUAAUGCAGUGAGAAACUUUAGAAUACUGUACACUGACAGUUUGGUUUUCAAUGGGGAGUAUUGACUUAAGCACAUUGUGAAUUGAGCUGAAUUUCGCAGAAACUAAAAAUUUGACUUCACAGAAUUGUCUUUAAAACAUUCCAUUCGGUAGACACUCUCCCUUCCCGGCCUGUCUGCCUCCCUCCCUUCCGCAUCAUCUGAGCUAACCAACAAACUUCCACAAAGAAAAGAAAGAAAGCGUUAGAACCGCGUGGGUGUUAUUUAGUCAUUUUUAUUUUAUUUUAUUCACCAAAGAAAUACAGUUGUAUAAUAAUGAUGAUGAUUAUUGUGUUAUUAUCAUCCCCAUUUGUCCAUGACUGCCAGGCAAUAAUAUCCAUACCUGUUUUUUGUUCCUUUGUUUAAAAUGGAAGCCUUCUUGUAUGUUUCCAUGUGUGAAAAAACUUAUUUUAGAAAAAACUGUCCUUGCCAACUUUUCUUUGGAAAGGACUACAAAUAUAUUGAGAUAUACUAGGUCCUAUUCACAGAGCUUUAACUCGGACAUUAUAGUGUAAUAUUCUGAAUACAAUUCAAUGUGAUGUUUAUAACAUUGUUCAAGACUGUUGUGGGCUUUGACAACAUCAGUAGAAUAGUUUCAUGUAUAUCAGUUGUUACUUUAUUUAUGAAAUAAAUGUUUUAAAAACUGAGUUAAAGCAAAACCUUUAAUGACAUUAGAUAGGCCACAAUAUGUACCAUGCUAGUUAAUAAUAAUAAUAAUAAUAAUAAUAAUAAUAUUAAAAAGUUGUAGACGUGAUGUUCAUUUUACUGUAGGCCUGGAAAGAAAUACAAAUUCAGUGGUACAGACUGAAUGUAACUGAAUGUGAAAGACCAAUUAAAAACAUGUUCUCUGUUGCCAUUGGUGACGAAUCAGUGCUGCUAGUCUAUACUUUCUUUGUAAUAAGUAGCCCCUUAAUGCAUCUGCUUCAUAAUACCACAGUACAGUCCUGGAUACUUUGUGAUCUUUAAUACAUGAAGUCAUUUAUGUCAGUACAUAGAUGAACUGCUGAUAUUUUUUAUAAAAAAAAAAAAAAAGACAAACACAAAAAUAAUGUAUACUGUUUUGAAAACAAACCCAAAUUCAAGAUUGUUGAUGUCAAGUGUAUGAGCCCCAUGUUUUUUUUUUUGUUGGUUUUUUUUUUUUUUUUUUUUUAAACCACACGGAAUUUGUGUUAUGGUAGUCUACCAUUGAUAGUAAAAACAAUACUCAACACCUCCAUUUUGUAUUGAACCUGAUAAGUUAAGCAAAUCAAAAGUUACAAGUAUGUGUGAUGCUGUGUGAGUAACGGGAAGUUGACAGUGUGCAAAAUGUGUCGUGGGUAGUUAACAGUGUUCUUUAUCCAAAACGUGUUUUUCUGGUUCUCAUGAGAGGGUUUCCAAGAUGUAUAAGAGUGAUGCGUCUGUGUUACUGUUGUUAGAAUACAGAAAUGCGAGUGGCAUAUCCAGUAAAGGCGUGAGGAGUGCAUGGUGCAUAGCCUUGAGGUUGCCAGUUUGAGUCCAGGCUAUUCCACUGUCGACCGUGGGUGGGAUUCCCAGGGUGCGACGCACAAUUGGCCGAGCACCGCCCGGGGGAGGGGGGGGAGUGAAAAGAGGCAGAUAGCUGACACCACACAUUUCGGAGGACGCGUAUGUCCAUCUUCGUCCCCCUCGAGUCAGAGUGGGGGUGGCAGCGGUGGCAGUGAGCCGGGUUGAAGUAAACAAUAAUAAUUGGGCUUACCAAAUUGGGGAGAAAAUAAGAAAAAUGCUGUCACCUGUGCUGAAUACAUACAUAGCCCUUCAUGUUAGAGGGUUGGCAAGGAUAGUAUUACAGGUAUUAAAAGUUACGCAUUCUACUUUGACUUAACCUUUUUAGUUUUUAAUUUAUAUUACUUGUUUUUUUUUUUUAUUGCUGGUUCUUUGAUGUCAUGCAAAGUCCAAUUUCUUAACACAACCAAAAAAAAUAAUAAUAAUUUGAAUCAAAGAAUAAAAGCAGUUUUGUACAAAUGUUUUCAUUUGAUUGGGGUCCAAACCCUCCUUUCCCCGAGAAUGUCUUAACAAAUGAAUGUAGAAAUGGGAGCAAACACAAAAAGAAAAGAUGGUUUGGUUUCCACCUUUAUGCUGGCUCAGUGGGGCUUUGUUUUCGAAUCAAAUUCACUGGGUUUCUACUCCGCCUCUGUAACUAUGACAUUGUUAUAACUUUUUUCAGUUGUAUUCAUAUGUUAUACCUCUAUAAGCACAUUAAAUACCCAUGUUAAAGUUAAUGUGGUUCUAGCUAAUUAAAUAUCUUCAUAAACCUCAGCAAUCGUAUGUACACUUCCAUUCGCUAUGGGAGGUUUCACAGGCAGUUAUGAAAGCAGCAUGUUAUAGCAAAUGUGUAUUACCAUUUUUAAACUUAAAUAAAACCUUUUUUUUGUAGUUUCUAGGUUUUAAUAGGAAGUAUAACAAUAACAUACUACCUGAAAGCAGAACACACAAGGUGAGAGCUUUCUUUAACUAAGGCCCCUUCAAUUUAAUUCAUUUUUAUCUGGAGUUUUAGAAAAGUAUAAAUUGGUCAUUGAUGAUGUACUGUAAUAAUCAAAUCAAAAAAAGAAAAAAAAAUACAUUCUCCAUUUCUAAUGCACAAAGUUACAUUUCCCUAAAUGCUUGUUCCCAUCUAGAGCUUAAUUUAACCAGGGCCUUUGUAUGGUACCAGAUAUCGUGCUUCUUUCAAAACUGCACGUUUGCAGUCUAUGUAGCGUAUGGAAGUGCAUAACAGUUUAGAUCGAUGGAAAUAUGUCGUUAGCUUUAAUCCCAUUAAACUGACACAUUGUAAAGUUCAGUAUUAGCCCACUUAAGGACCUACCCUAGCCAGGAACACACAAAACAAAAAUCACAACAAAGUAUUUUCUACAGGCUCUUCUCAACCUAAUGUAACUAACCCGGAUCGCUUCUGUUCCUUCUGUGUGUGUAUGGUUUCUGUAUAGAGUGUUAUUUCAUGCUGGUCUUUGUGAAAAUAAUGAUCGUGUGGCGCAGUAUUUCCUUGUGUACUUCUUUCUCUGUGGUUUAUUUGUCUUUUAAUGCUUCUUGGGAGGGGAGGGAAGAAGUGUAUCGUCUCUCUUAUUAAUCUGAAGAUGUAGAAAUAUAUGUAUCCUGAUCCUUAGUCUGAUGUUAAAGGUAUGUUAUGAGAAUGGAUAUUUUACUGGCUUAUAGAAUGUUUAAAAAUAAAUAAUUCUUAACCGGUCGAGUACUGGCUACUAAGCGCUUGUGUUACCAUUAAGACAUUGUGUGCUUCUCUUAAUAAUCAUUUUCGUUGUAGAAAAAUGGAGUGAAUUUCUAUUAGUCUUGAAUACUAAUGAUAGCAUUGUAAAUUUACAGAAAAUUGUAACAGAAAAUACAUUAUAGAAGAAUAUAGUUAUUUUAAUUGUUAUAUUUACUAACUGUAGGGUGAGAGUGGGGCUCCCGUUGUGGUGAACUAUGUUAUAGCUUGUUAUUCACUGUUACUUUUGAUCAUUUUUUCGGUCUCCCAGGUGAAUCGAGUUAUUAAUCACAAUUUGUAUGCUCACAUAUGCAUAUUGUAUAUGUGUAGAAAUGUAAUCACACUUUGUCUUGGAUUUACAUUAAACUGUUUUAAGUCACUG